UCGUUUUUUAAUCUCAGCAGGUGAUACAUGCUACUUUCUUAUCAGCCCUGAAGAUGUUGGAUGUUGGAAAAUGGCCAAUUUUUGCUCUCUGCUCUCAAGAAGAACUGAAGUUAAUUCGUCAAGCCUGUGUAUUUGGCAGUGCUGGUAAUGAAGUGUUGUAUGCAACUGAAAAUGAUGAGGUGUUUGUGCUUGGCACCAACUGCAGUGGCUGUUUGGGAACAGGCGACAUUCAGAGCACUAUUGAACCACAGAGAUUAGAUACUUUAUGUGGCAAAAAGAUAGCCUGUCUGAGCUAUGGAAGUGGUCCUCAUGUUGUUAUUACUACUGCAGAAGGAGAAGUGUACACAUGGGGCCAUAAUGCUUAUAGUCAACUGGGCAAUGGUACAACAAAUCAUGGUUUAGUUCCCUGUCAAGUCUCUACUAACUUGGUAAACAAGAAAGUAAUUGAAGUCGCCUGUGGCUCUCACCAUUCCAUGGUGUUAACAUCUGAUGGAGAGGUGUAUGCAUGGGGUUAUAAUAAUUCAGGACAGGUUGGAUCUGGUUCAACAGCUAAUCAGCCAAUUCCUCGAAGAGUUACCAGCUGCCUACAAAAUAAGAUAGCUGUUAAUAUAGCUUGUGGACAGAUGUGUUCAAUGGCUGUUGUAGAAAAUGGGGAGGUCUAUGUCUGGGGUUACAAUGGUAAUGGCCAGCUUGGAUUGGGCAGCAGUGGUAAUCAGCCAACGCCUUGUAGAAUAGCUGCUUUGCAAGGCAUUCGUGUGCAGCGGGUUGCCUGUGGCUAUGCACAUACAUUAGUGCUAACAGAUGAAGGUCAGCUGUAUGCAUGGGGAGCCAAUUCGUAUGGUCAGUUAGGCACUGGCAAUAAAAGUAACCAGUCUUACCCUGCACCAGUUACUGUUGAUAAGGACAGAGUUAUAGAAAUUGCAGCCUGCCAUUCUGUUCACACUUCUGCUGCUAAAACCCAGGGUGGCCAUGUGUAUAUGUGGGGUCAGUGCCGUGGCCAGUCUGUGAUUCUUCCACACCUUACGCACUUUGCCUGCACAGAUGAUGUGUUUGCUUGUUUUGCCACUCCUGCUGUGACAUGGCGUCUCCUAUCAGUAGAACCUGAUGACCACCUAACAGUAGCCCAAUCACUGAAGAAGGAAUUUGACAACCCUGACACUGCAGACUUGAAGUUUCUAGUGGAUGGAAAAUAUAUUCAUGUUCAUAAAGUCCUUCUCAAAAUUAGGUGUGAGCAUUUUCGUUCCAUAUUAAAUAACAAUGAUGAUGAUGUUAUAGAAAUGAGUGAAUUCUCUUAUCAAGUUUACCGAGCCUUCCUGGAAUAUCUGUACACAGACAGCAUCAGUCUCCCUCCUGAGGAUGCAAUAGGGCUGCUAGAUUUGGCAACAUUCUAUAGAGAAAAUAGAUUGAAAAAGCUUUGCCAGCAAAUUAUCAAACAAAGCAUUUGUGAGGAGAAUGCAAUUGCUCUUCUUUCAGCUGCAGUCAAAUAUGAAGCUGAGGACUUAGAAGAAUUUUGCUUCAGGUUUUGUAUAAACCACUUGACUGUAGUUACACAAACUACAGGCUUUGCAGAAAUGGACCAUGACCUCUUGAAGAACUUCAUUAGCAAAGCAAGCAAAGUAGGAGCUUUUAAAAACUGAAGAAUGCUUGCUGCAAAGGAAGAUUCUUUCAUGGGAACACUUCCCCUUUGAAAAACUUAUCAGCACUCAGAAUGCCUGAAAGAAAAGAGGACAACAUCCAUUAAAGUCAGUGUCACUGUCGAUGGGCAGAUUUAGUAAGCUUCCAAGUAAUGCACAAGCUUUGUGAAGAUGGGUAUAAUAUAGAAUAAACAAUAGAUAUAAACAAUCUGCCAACAACUUAGGUUUAAAAAAAAAAUCCUAAUGGAAUAAUUAAGUUUUCUGUUAAAAUCAAGUGGAAUGGUCACUAUUUUCCAUUUGUAGUCCUUGUUUUUUUUUCCAUGAAAUAUUUUCAAAAACAGCUCUUUAACAUCUUCAUCUGAGUUUACUGGAUAGCAUGAAGCUGGCUGUUGCUAAAGCUUCAUUAUGCACCUUUAAGGUCAAUGAAAGUAAAUGUUCUAAAAGAAGGUUCCUUUCUGGUUAAUUUAUCACACCCUCUAGAGAAGUGUUGAGAUAGAAGCUUGUUUUGCUAAAUAUAGGAUAAAGGAAUACAUCAUAAAAAUCCCUCUUAAAAGAACCAGUAAUAUAAAGGAAAAGCCACAGAAUGGAUACUUUGUACAUUAGGAGCAGCAAAGGCUCAAGAGAAGACUAUGCUGAAUUUAAGUAAGUAUGAAGGACUUAUUUUAAAGGGCUAGUUUUUAGUUCUUGGCUCUUAAAGUCAUUUUCUCAGACAAAAAACAAUUGGUUCUUUUUUCCAAGUACUCUAUCUCACCUUUCCAGUGGAACAGUAAUUUCUAAUUGGUUUUGUCACGUAAUGAGUUAUUUCACUGUUAGUUUUGCUGCUCAGAAAUGCACCUCUUCACCUGCCAUGAAAAAUAAACUCAAACUCAACAAAAAGGAAUUAUCCGUUGACUUUUCUGCAAGUGUUUACAGAUAAGACAGGUGCUUGACAUGAAUUAUGUGUGUGGGAGGAGGGAUAGGGGAAGUUAUAAAUCAAUUCAAUGAUUAAAUCAUGAAAGUUAAAAUCAGUCUUUUCAAGUGGUAACCAGGUGCCAUUCAAACACUUGCUAAAGCAAUAGGUGGAGGAGGUUUCAGUAUGCUAUGCUUGCAUGGAAAGACUUUUGCACUGUAACACAGGAUGUUGAGAUUAUAAAAUAUUUAUCAGUUUUGGUUUCUGUUAUGAUACAGAAGACUUAUUUGCAUGUAAAUUACUUAAUCUAAUUUCUGUUAAAAGAAUAGGUGAACUGGCUUCAAAAACUGAUGGGCUAGUGGUUAGGACACCACACUAGCCUUGCUCUGUCAUAGACAUCCUUUGUACCCUUGGGCACGUCUACACAGCAGCUGGGAGAUGUAAUUCCUAGUUCUGGUUCCAUACACCUGCUAGCUCUGUUCCAGUUAGCACCUAAAAACUGCAGCGUGACCAUCCUGGUGUUACCCCAAAACCAGACCUAUGGUACCACCAGAAUAGCUUAUCUAUUGCCCCCUCCUGGCUUUAGCAGAGGUUCCCUUCCAGGUAGCCUCCUAACUUAUUACUCUGUUUCUGCAGAGUGAAAGGGGACCCGUUCUAGAGGAAUUACUCAGGUUUACUAGAAGUUUCUUUUUAGAAAAAAUCCCCAGAGUAUCUUAGACCAGUUACCCUUGGGAGGACUCGGAUACAGCCUUCCAAUAGAAUUGGUAGAUACAUAGGCAGUACUUUUCCAAAAGAAAGUAUCUUUAAUUACAGUAGCACACUGAUGAUACCUGGCUACAAUGUAAUCUAAGCAUAAAGCUCUGGAAAUAAAUCCCUUAACACAAUUUCUUAAUACAAAUUUUAAAAUAUCCCAACUGCAAUGUCAUACAAUUAGAACAGUAUUAAGUGUUGCACCCUGCAUACGGUGAUCGGCCAUGAGCACUCGCGCAGAGCUAGUCCAUGUACAGCUACCCAAGCUGGAAAUAACAUCUCCCAGCUGCUGGGUAGAAGUACCUUUAGCCUAUGUCUCAGUUCUGCCUCUGUUAGGAGGGGAUAAUAGCACUUCCCUAACUUACAGGGGUUUUGUGAGGGUAAAUCUAUUAACUUCUGAGAUGCUUAGAAAUGAUGGUAGAUAGACCAGAUUCAACCCACCACUAGAAAUAUUCUUUAAUCUGCUGUGUCACUGUUGUCUAACUAGUAGAGCUGGUCAAAACUUUUUCUGAUGGGACUUUUUAAUGGAAUGGAAAAUGACCUUUUGUAAAAACAAACACACCAGUUUCAUUUAGAAAUUGUUUAAAACACAUUUUGGUGAGGCUAAAACAUUAUUUUGGACACUUCUGGAACAAAAUAUUUCAACUUUUGGUUUUGGGACCACUGUUUCAUAGGAAAUUUUGAAACAGUAAAUGAAACAUUUUCAGCUGAGAUAAAAACAGGUUUUCAUAAAGCUCAAUUUGCAAGAAACUUCAAAAUCACAAUUUCCUGUGAAAUGAAAAUUUAGGCAUCUGUAUUCUACUAAAUAGUCUGCAUGGAAUGACUAAGGAAACAAGGAUGCGUUUGUAGAUGAGUCUGACAGGAAAACCAAUUCUGAGCAGUGUCUAUCACCCUUUAGUCACUUUGCCAUGAGCAUUAUUUUAGGUCAUGCUGUGCACACCAAAGAUUGGGCUGUUUUCUUUCAGGCUUUUUAUUUUUGUAGUAGUGACCCUGGGGGACUAACUCUUGGAGAGAACUUCUCUGCAAUGAGGUUUGUUUUGAGGAUAAAAUGCAGACAUUUUGAUUUGUUCUUUCAAUGAGGAUUUUAUGCAUUUAAUUCUUGACCCGGACAAUUUAAUAGUAUUUUUAUACACUGCUAUAUGCACAUGUAGUAAAAAUAUAUUUAUUUAGCUUUCAUUCACAUUACUCAUUAAACAAGUUACUUUCCUUUGCACUUAAGGGUCCAGCGUUCAAAAGUGUACUGACCUGAUGCCUGGAAACCAAAACGCAUGUGUGUUUAUACAGGUGCAUGCUUGAACAGCAAUGUGAGGACACUAAAUCCAGCCUGGGCGGUAACAGUUUUAUAUUUUUUUGUUUUUGACGAUUGAGGAUGCUGCCGCCACCACUCCUCUUGACCUUGGAAUGGGAUCCAUUGUUAGCCAGUAUUAAAUGUGUUUCCGGAGAAUCCAGUUCAGACAGCAAUGAAAAAAUAUUUGUAGACAUUUUGGACUGUAAUCCUAGACAGGAUCCAGAAAUAUCAGAAAGUGUACUUUGAGUGUUUUGUAUCGGGGGGAAAAAACGAUGUCCCUGGAACACACUUACUCUCUGAGUAAUUCAUACUCAGGUUCAAACUGGCUAACAGAUGACCAGCAGUGUAACUGUCCACUCAAACUGUGAGGGGAAAAAGUACUAGAAGAUGUUAAGAAUCUGAGAAGGGUAUUAAGGGAUGAUUCCAACUCGUCUUCAAAUAUCCAGCAGAGAACCUCACUGGGCAUGUCUGAGAAAAGGGGAUCAAUGAGAAACUGAAUAUGAGCAAAAUUCAGCUAGUGAAAGGAGGACUGAGUUUAUCUUAGGCAAGGGAGCCUCCUCCCCCCAACUUUCCCUUGGAAGCUCAUUCAGUUCCCAAUCCAACUGAGAAAUCUACGAGCAGAAGAGGCAUCAUGGUCCUGUAGAAGAAGAGGGCCCCGGACUGCAGAUUGUCUCCAUACUUUCUGCAAACAUUUGCUCCAAUACUCCAGCUAGAAAACAUGCAAGUCUGUACUGGGAAGCAAGGGGGGACAGAAGACGAAUUGAAGUAGAGCUACUGCUGGUGAAAUUCCAAGAUAGAAUUUAGCAGAUGGAAAGAUGUUUUGAGCUCCAGUCUCUACAAUGGAUCCAGACACUUGAAGGAACAUAGAUAGGGGUGGCUCUCAAAUGAAAGGGUCUCCCUGCCUCCACUGACCAAAUGAAAGGGGAGCUAGACCACGUAUAGGGAUCACUGGACACAUCCUAUGUAAACUGUAGUAAUUUUUAGAGGAGUAGGGAGUAGGAAUGGCAGCUUUCCUUACACAAAAAUGAUGUCAUGGAAGGUCUUAGGUUUUUGUGUGUGUGUUGUAGGGGGCCUGGAAGGGAGGCAGUAGUAGGGAGCAGUGGUACUCAAGAAUUUCCCCCAAAUCUGCCUCCAUAUGAAAACCUUUUCCACCGUAGCAUGGUAACUGCGGUUGUUCCUGAGACAGCAUUGCUACUGAACCAUCAGGCAGCUGGAAACACUUGUUUACCAGAGCACCUCUGGUGGAUUGUAUUUUGGGUUUUCUACAUGUAUUUUAUUUUUAUUUUUGUGUAUUGUAAACCAACAGUUCCAAAAGAAACUAGCACAGCAACACUUAUUUACCAGACUACAAAAACUGCUUAAGCACUACAAACACCACUGUUUAACAUUCACUGUACUGGGCAGUUUAUUUCAGUAACUAACUUAGAAAGAUUAGAUCAGUUACCAAAUCAAUUUAAAUGCAACUCUUUUGAGGUUAAGUGCAAUUUUUAUAACCGGUAAACCACACUUACAGUUAAAUAAUUUAAGAGGAGAGGCUAAAUAUCCAUUUUCACAUUCAGUAUAAAGCUUUCAGUUUAAUACUCUUUUAUAGGUCAGACUCACACAAGUUGUCACAAACAACAUCUGAAGGUCUGAAAAGAAAGUUAGCACUAAUUCGGCUGUAACACAGUUAUGUCUUGCCCUCAAGCCUCACCAGAUCCCCCAGACAUCUACCAUGAGAGUUCUGUUGUACGACCAGGGCAGUAUAUGGUAUGAUUCCGCCUAUCCUCUUCAAAAAUGUACCAUACAACUCCAUAUGCUAGAUCCCAACUACAGACUGAGCACAUACUAUACAUCUCUUAAGAUCCCCUUUCUAUCCAGAAGCAAAUGAUAAAUUUACUACAACAGAUCUUUUGCAUAUUACUUAGAACUGUAUUAAGGCCAGUAUUUAUUUAGAAAGCUUCAGUCUAAGAAUUCCAAUUUUAAGAAAAAUGUGUCAUGUUCAUACACUAUCUACGGGAAAUGUCUAUCUUACAUGACAUCUAUGUCAGUUAGCACACUUGAAAUGGUGGCCCAGUAUUUCCAUUUUAAACUACAUUUUCAAGAUCGGAUGGAAACUCUGUAAAACUGAGUAACAUAAUAAAUGUACCCAGUAAU